AUGUUCGCCCUACCAACCCACAGUGAAGACAACAGCCGGGACGAGGAACCUCCUCGCCCCCAGGAGCGCCGCAGCUGGGCCCGCGCAAGCGGGAACACGCUAAACUCUUCGGCCAAACCACAAAGCAGUCUGCGCUCCUCCUAUGGAGAUGCAGCGCCUGGGAGUUUGAGCGAACGCUGGCAGCGGGGCCCGGGCGGGAGCGGCUGCUCGCCCGCCCGGCCUGGGACCUGCGGGACGGCGCGGGAUGCGCAGAUACCAGUUGGUAAGAUAGGAGAGGGAGCAUUUUCUGAUGUCCUGCAGACACUGAGUCUUAGGAAUGGAAAGUACUAUGCAUGUAAACACAUGAAGCAACAUUUUGAAAGGGUUCAUGAGGCAGUAAUCUGGUCUGGCCUGGCACUCUCUUCACCCUAUGGCAGUUUUCUUGGAUCUGAUGAGCUGGACCAAAUUUCAAAAAUCCACAUUAUAGGCACUCUUGCUAAAACAACUCUCAAGAAGUUCAAGCAACUUUUUAGGGCAGCUGAUACACAAGCUUUGACCGUGCAGAAAAAACUAAGAUUAGUAAGAAAUACAUAAGGGCGAGUACCUCCUUAUUUGUGCCAAAUUCCAAAGGCAAGUUUAAGACAGGUAGUAUUUAAGUGGAAGAAUUGUCAGCCCAUUUAGAGAAAGUAAUUUGUAGCACUGAGCUUGUUAGCUAGAAACAAAUGUUUAAACUUAAGCCGAUUACUUGGGUUUAUUCCGUCUGCCUAAACACAGAUCUUUAUUUGGUCUGAUGCCUUUCCCCCUCCCCCCAAAUCCCUGACAUACAUGAGUUAGAAUUUAGAAGCUCUGAUACCCCCAUAAUCCCUUCAGUAGACUUUUGUCAGAGUUACCGUUACUUAAAGGGUCAGCUCCGCCUUUAUUUUUAAAUAUCACCAUCCUGGUUUUGCUGUCUGCCUUUGGCUUAAAGAGUUUUCAGAUGAAGUUAUGGCAGAGACAGAAAGUGUGCUUUUGCCUUUUCAGGGCUUCAGUCUACAUUUCGA